UCCCUCUCCAUACUUCUUUCUCCUUCUUCCAUCGUCGCCGCAGUUGCACGUCCGAUCGCCACUGCCUGCUCUACCGUUCUUCUUCUCUCUUAUCUCCCUUGCUCCGCCAAACGGCACCUACACACCGACCUCCAUUUCUGAUUUCUCUUCUUCUAUCCUAUCUUCCUCUCUGUAUUGCCGUUCUGGAUUACCGGCACGCCCCCACGACAACCCCGUCUUCUGCUGCAGCUCUCCAUCAAUCGGUCGAAUUCUACCUGGGUCCGAACACAGGGUAAGAGGUUUCAGCGCCAAUGGCUUUUAGAAGCGUCUCAUUCCCAUCUACAGCUCCCAUUUCUCAUGUUCAAAGAUUUCAAGACUUGCAGUCCUUUGGUGGAAUAAACCACGUUAAACCAUACUCGUCAACUGGCCUUGUUUCUGAGUUAGCCUCAAACUGCAAAGCUAGUAAACUGUUUUUGGGCACCAGGGGUUCAUUCCAAACAAGAGCCACAGUGAUAUCUGGAGAAGGAGGAAUUUUGUCUUCUUCCAAUGGCAAUGCUGUAGUGGCGAACAAUACCAAUAGUUUUCCCAUUGAUGAAGAUGAAUAUGAUUUUGAUCGUCCAACAGAAGGUUUUGCUUCGGUAGCCGAUGCCAUUGAAGAUAUUCGCCAGGGAAAGAUGGUGCUUGUCGUUGAUGAUGAGGAUAGAGAAAACGAGGGAGAUUUGAUAAUGGCAGCACAAGCUGCAACUCCUGAGGCCAUGGCUUUCAUUGUAAAGCAUGGAACAGGAAUUGUUUGUGUGGCCAUGAAAGGUGACGAUCUGGAGAGGUUACAGAUUCCACUUAUGGUGAACGAAAAGGAGAACGAGGAGAAACUUUGUACUGCUUUUACUGUGACAGUGGAUGCAAGAGAAGGUACAACCACUGGAGUCUCAGCUACUGAUAGGGCAGCAACAGUAUUGGCACUUGCAUCAAGAGAUUCAAAACCUUAUGAUUUUAAGCGGCCAGGCCAUAUAUUUCCCCUCAAGUACAGGGAAGGUGGUGUUUUGAAGAGAGCUGGGCAUACUGAAGCAUCUGUCGAUCUUGCAAUGCUCGCUGGAUUAGAACCGGUUGGUAUCCUUUGUGAGGUAGUUGAUGAAGACGGUUCCAUGGCUAGGUUACCAAAACUUCGUGAGUUUGCCAAACAGGAAAACUUGAAAAUCAUUUCCAUUGCUGAUUUAGUCAGAUUUAGGCGGAAGAGGGAUAGAUUAGUUGAACGUGCUGGGGAUGCUGCUCGCAUGCCGACUACAUGGGGUCCAUUUCAGGCAUAUUGCUACAGAUCUAUUUUGGAUGGAAUUGAGCAUAUUGCAAUGGUUAAGGGUGAUAUUGGUGAUGGACAAGAUAUCCUAGUGAGGGUACACUCGGAAUGCCUCACUGGAGAUAUUUUCGGAUCAGCUAGAUGCGACUGUGGGAACCAGCUUGCUCUAGCGAUGCAACUGAUCGAGGCAGAAGGCAGGGGUGUCUUGGUUUACCUUCGUGGACAUGAAGGACGGGGCAUAGGUUUGGGCCACAAACUUCGUGCAUAUAACUUGCAAGACGCUGGGCGAGAUACUGUCGAAGCCAACGAGGAGCUAGGAUUGCCCGUGGAUUCUCGUGAAUAUGGCAUAGGCGCACAGAUUCUAAGGGAUCUUGGGGUGAGAACAAUGAAACUAAUGACAAACAACCCAACAAAGUACAAAGGCCUAAAGGGUUAUGGCUUAGAAGUUUCAGGUAGAGUUCCCCUGAUAACCCCAAUUACAAAGGACAACAAGAGAUACCUAGAGACGAAGCGUGCCAAAAUGGGGCACGUCUACAACAUGGAUGUUGGUGGACGAUUUAGAAAUCUGAUCGAUGGGCAUGAAAUAUCCAACGGUAGUUCAGCAUCAAGUGAUGCUGUGGCUUGAGCUAGCAAUGUCCAAAUUCAAAGAGAAAAAAAAAAAACAGUUGGUUAUUAAAGGUGUUGGAAGUGAAAUGACUGCUGCAGCUGCUGGCUGACUCAUAAGAUAAAAGGCUAACUUGUUCUGAAUAUCAUAACACUGCGUAUUAUAAUUAUUAUUGAUUUCAUUUCAUUUGUCAGGAUUAUUGUUUGAUUAAGUUUGAAACAAUAGACCAUUGAUGAUCUGUAGAAUGAGUUUACAGUGCUACUCGCUAUGGUUCCUAAGCCGUCA